AUGUAUGCAGAUGUCCCACUGGUUUCAAGGGUGAUCAUUGUGAAAUUGGCAGAAGAUCUCCACAACGUUCGGCCUGCACAAGAGCAUGCAGAAAUGGAACUUGCCAGCCUGAUAAUACAUGUCUCUGUGAGCCUGGUUGGUUCGGAAAGUUGUGCAAUAAAAACAAGCCAUGGGCUUGAACAUAGAGACGUAUUUUCCACCAGUGGUAUCGCAUUCCACCAGUGGUAGCCAAUUGGAUCAAUGCAACAAGAUUUUUUACUUAACAUAAAAUUACGAAAUGUCUUGAAACCUUGAAUUCUAUUUGUUCUGUGUUCAUUCGGGAGUUUGAGACAUUUUCCACUUUGAACCUCGCAUUUAGUUUAACAAUUUUUAUACUUAAGAUGAUAUUGAAUAAUCAAAGUAUCGCAAAUUAUUAAUUUUACAAAGUAUUAUCUCGUUAAUUUAACAACAGCAUUUUACAAUCCAAUUGGUUAAUGCCACUAAACUAACAUGUAUAGUUAGUAAUUUACCCCACCCCAGAUGUGAUAUGUAAAGCUGCUUUACUACAUAUUUUAUACUAUUAAAUAUUAUUUUUUAAAUAAUAUUGUUAGAUAUUGUAA